CGACUUGUGAUCUCGUUUCUCUUUUUCACGGUGUUGUUUUCAAAUCGCCCAUGUGAAUUUUUCAAAAUAAAUAAUAAAUAAAAAAUGACUAUCGUAAAGAAGAAAAAGCGUGUGUCUAAAAGGACAAAAACUGCGUGGCGUAAACACUGUGAUAUUACUGAUGUUGAAGCGUAUUUAGAAGACCAGCGGUUGGAAGAAAGGCUUGGUAAAUUUGACACAAAACCAGAUGAGGAGUUGUUUGUGCUUGACACUAAAGGGGAAGAUGUCAAAGAUGUCAAACCUGAUGUCAAGCCUCUGUCGGCUAAGCAGCAGAGGAGGGCCAAGUUAGCUGAAACACCCAAGUGCUUUGAGAUCCUGCUACCUAGUUCUAAGGUCCCAGACCCCAAUGCAAAACGCAACACUGUCAAAAAAGUAGGAACAAAACCUACAGAUUUAUCCAAAUUGUCUGUCAAACGCCAACUGGCCAAGGGCACUUUGCAAAAGAAGCUAGAACUAGUAAAGAAAGAUAAAAGAUUAGCCAAGCAAAAGAGGAAAAAGGCCCAAACUGUUAGGCAGACUUAUGACAAGAAUAUUUGGGGGGAAAAUGAUCUAGAAGCAAAGGGCAUACCAGAGACACUAAUAGAUGACUUCAUAUCAACGGAAGCACAACUACACAACGUGCCUGUACUUCAGAGGCUCCGACCAAAGCCUCCUCCGCCCAAAACCGUCGUCACCAGAGCAGCUGUCGAAGUUCCGCACCCUGGAGUCAGCUAUAACCCUUCUUUCAAGGAGCACCAGGAGUUACUGCAAGAGGUGGUGCAGCACGAGCAGAAGAUGAUGAAGAGGGAAGCGCAUCUAUACAGAGUGACCACGGGACUCUUCAGCAAGGUCACUCCGCAAGAGAAAGAGAACCAAUGGCGUGAAGAGAUGAGCGCAGGGUUGCCCCAACCCCACAACCCCGCGGCGGACCCCCAACCCGACGAAGAGCCGUCAGACAACGAGUACAAGGCCGUCAACCCGCCCGUGCGAAACAAGAAGAAGGAUCACAAGACCAGAAGGAAGCAGAAGGAACGCCUUGUUGAGCUGGAGAAGCUGAAGCGAAAGAAGAUUGACAAGCAGAAGAUUACUGAUAUCUACAAAUUACGUAAAAUUCAAGCCUCCGUUUCCAAGAAAGAAGAGAAAAAUGCAGAAUUGCGCACCAAACGCACCUCCAAGCGCUUGCAGCAAGCGGCCACAGCGCUGCCAGCGCUCAAUGCGCACAAAGCGCCCAUCAAGGAGCCAGAGUUUGUGGACCCCAAGCUACUCACUGGCGACUUGAGGAAGAUAACUGGCUCAGCAAAUCUCCUCCGCGAUCGCUUCCAAUCGCUUCAACGUCGCGGCGCGCUCGCAGCAUCCAAGAUCAUGAUGACCAAGAGGAAGAAGCUCAAGAAAUACUUCAAGCCCGGCCACAAGGUCACUGAUCAGGAUGUGGACAAGUUCCUCAAGAGAUCCACUGUCAAGCCACUGUGAACUCUAUCUUAAGAGAAAUAAAGUUGAUUUUAUUA